AUGUCAGCAUCACCGCCUACAUCUAGUGACCAUUCGCUGGCUGCGUCGCAGCAAUUCGAGGUCAUCUCGUCGCCCAAUGUCGAUAUCGAUGCCGACCUCGACCUCGACCUCGACCUCAACCUCGGUCUCGGCGAGCCACGAACCGCAGAAGCAACGCCAGAGAAACUCCCGCUCCCUACAGUAAGCCACGAAUUGGCCAAUGCGGACCACCGAGAGAAAGGCGCCGCUCAGAUGGAGCACGGCUAUGCUGAGGUGAAAGACUUGGGAUGGAAUGAUAGUCCCCCAGAUAUCCCGACUCCCCUGGUUGGAGGGCUGCCAAACGAAGAGCUGUGGACCCUGAUCAGACGCUUCAACAAGCAAAUGUACCACGUCAAGGCAAUGGCAGAGCCCCCCCUCGGAGGACUCGACCUCAACAUCGCAGACGAAGAAGACUUCUCUCCGGAUAAACUAAGGGCCAACUUCGAGAGACUGUACAUGACCGUGGGCCUUGGUGUGGUGGGCUUCUGGAAACACAUCGCGCGCCUACGAUCAUGGCGCGAACGAAACCGAACUCUUGCCUUUGCGGCCGUCUACUUCGUGGCCUGGGCGAUCGAUUUCCUCGUACCGGUCAUGAUUGCCUUCCUGAUCAUCCUCGUCGUCUCCCCCGCUUCCCGAGACUACUGUUUUCCUCCAGCACCGAUUGCUCUGAUCGAUUCGAAGACUGGUGGCAUCAAGAAACCGACCGCGGGAGUGCUUGGCAGCGACAACAGUUUGACUGGUGCGCCAGAAAAGCACCAAGGAGAGGCGGUGGAACAAGAAGCAAGCAACUUCGUCAGUGGCUUCACAUCGAUCGCCAUCAGCAGCGCUGCUGGCAAGCAUCCCCAGGGAGAUCCACACGGGAACGAGCAAGGAGCCAGCGGUGUCGAAGACCGAGCGCCUGACCCGACAGAUUUGGCGAUGGGUGCUGCGAAUGCAAAGGACAAGGCUUCGGGGGGAGAAGCGAAUGCUGUACACGACAAAACGAAGGAGCCCAUGUCUGCUGUCAUGUGGUCCAAGACGAGACCUGUUAUGCAUGCGAUUGGCGGUAUUUCGGAUGGCUGGGAGAGAUUUGGCAAUGCUCUAUCACCGACGGCACCAUUUCCAGAGGAGAGGCCUCGCCUCAAGCUUGCUGCAGUCCUGGUACCAGUGCUUCUGGUUUCCAUGUUCACUAGCGCCCACAUGUUCAUGAAGAUGAAUGGAUUGUUUUUGGGCUUCGCAUUUUUUACAGACCCAUUGAUCUGGCGUGCCUCUUCCUACCUCAACCAAAAGUUCCCCCAUUGGCAAAAGCUUCUCGAGAUCAGAAAUACUCUUCUUAGAGGUGUACCUACCAAUGCACAACUCACUGUCACUCUACUCCGGAUUGGUGAAGCGAACAAAGCUCCACUGCCCCCUCCACCCCACUCUGGUCCACAGCCCCCAGAUACCGCCCACGAGACAGCAGGUCAGAACCUUGAAUACCUAGAAGGCGUACCUGACGACGAGAUGGCUAAUGCUAUUCAUCCGGACGACACAGCUGUAACAACUACCGCCGAAACAGGCCCAGCGAAAAAGCGGCACGGCCGCCGGAUACUUGCUGCGAUCAAGGGCGUGACCAAAGGGACAGUUGAAACAGCUCUUGGUACUGACCGGCUGAAAGCAGCGGCUGGAGCGGAGCAUGCAAAAAACAGACUAGGCGUCCUCAAGUCGGGAGAGCAUGAGCCAGCUGGCCCUAUUGACUUCCCAAGCCGAUACAAAGGCAAGAAGGGACGUGCAUACCUUACUACCACAGCCUCUUCGCCUGUUCUGAGUUGGACGACGCAGAAGGAGGAUACGGAUCCAUUGUUCUCGAUCGCAAUAGCCGACAUGCAGGAAAUCAAAAAAGUAGGUGGAUUGGGCUGGAAAACCAAGCUGGUUGUCGGGUGGGCUACCUCCCGGGAGAUUGCAGAUGGACUGGUUGUCAUCGACAAGCAGGGCAACGAGAAGCAUCUUACGGCUAUGGCACUUCGGGACGAGCUCUUCAACCGUCUGAUAACAAUGGGAUCCCAGAUGUGGGAGUCGUGGUAG